AAAGGUGGACUCCCGAUCAUCGCUUUCCCGUUGUGAUAGUGUCGCGCUAUAGGACGCCGAUACGGAGCCCUUUAUUCCACUCUGGAUGAAUGCAUAAUAAAAAUCUCUCGCCUCUUUUUCUUUUCCUUUCCAGUUCUGUUCUCUCUCUUUUUGGUUCAAAGCUCAUUCAUCAGUGUUGCUUCGAUCAUAUCCGACGAAAAGAGGUUGUGAAUCUCUGACCAACCAACCAACCAUCUUACACCAAUACACUUUUGAGUGUUACAUACGAAACAAAACAACACAACAUGAACACAUUCGUCACAGGCGCCGCUUUCGGCGCGGCCCUUACGGCUUCGGGCGUUUACCAGCCCUCCGUCAUCGUCUCUCAACUCAAGUUUGAGAACUGGCACAUGAUGCAAGCUUUCCUUACUGCGGCGGCCAGCAGCGCAGCCCUAGUCCACAUCCUCCAAUCCCUCUCCCCCUCCACCUUCCCCCUCCCACCGCGCUCCUUCUCCUCCAUCUCUCUCUUCUCCCGCUACGACGGCAACCUCCUCGGCGGUAUCCUCCUCGGCACGGGCAUGAUGCUCUCGGGCGCCUGCCCGGGUACCGUCUUCGCACAAAUCGGCACCGGCGUGCGUUCCGGCUUCUAUGCUCUCGAAGGCAGCAUCAUCGGCGGCAUCGUAUUCACUGGCUUCCUUGGUCCCUGGAUCGCCCGCAGGAACGCGGCGGCCAAGGCCGAAGCCAAGGCUAGGGGCGAGGAUAAGGAGCUUACCAAGACCGUUUAUGAGAAUCUGGGUGUGUCCAAGUCGAGCGUGUUGGUGGCUUUUGAGGCGAUUUGUGCAAGCGUGGUGGUUUCCACUGCGCUGUGGACUAGUGUGGGGCCGGAGGCCAAGAUCUCGCCUGUUGUUGGUGGACUGUGCAUCGCUGGCGCGCAGUUGCUCAGUUUGUUGUUGAGGAAGAAUAUGGUUGGUACUUCGACGAGUUUUGAGGAGGUUGGUGACUGGUUCUGGGGUAUCUUCAAGGGCAAGACGCUGCCGCAGAGGUAUAACAAUUUGUUGUUCGUCAGCGGCGCGGUGCUUGGUGCUAAGCUGUUGACGGUUGCGUACCCUGCUCUCGGCCAGGUCACGGAGGUUGCGGUGUCCCCUGUUGCGGCGGGAUUGGGUGGUUUCUUGAUGAUCAUCGGUUCGAGGAUGGCGGGCGGAUGCACGUCUGGUCAUGGUAUCAGCGGCAUCGCGCUCCUGUCCACGUCGAGCUUCUUGACUAUUGGAGCGGCUUUCGGUGCCGGUGCGUUGCUUGGCUUGUUGAGGGGCUGAGCUGGGGAGUGGUGGUGAGAUUGCAUGGAGAGAUACCCCUUUUCCUGGGGUUACACCGAUUACCAUCGUGCAUUGCACAUAUCAGUGAUGGGAUAUCGGAAACAGUCGAUUCAGUCUUGAACAUUCUUGUACAUACAACACAAAAGCCUCCGAGUCAUUACAUGAUACCCCUUUCG